AUGAAUUCCGACAAGGUUCACGUUGACGCACCGCGCACGAUGGGCGUGGUAUUCAAAGGAUUAACAUUAAAAAAAUGGUUACAUUUUACAGGAACCGUUGUUACGACCACCAACACUCCUGUGACCAUAGAAACACCAACCAGUGAGAAGCCAACUACAACUGCGAAGCCAACUACCGGUUCUAGUGGCAGCGAUGCUGUAGCUAGCCUAAAAACUGGUGUCACUAACUUUAAUGGCGAAUUCCUUUAUGAACGAUUGAAUGCUGAGCCGAGUAAGAAUCUUAUUACGUCGCCAUAUUCGGUGUUCACCCCGCUAGUCCAACUUGUGCUGCACACUACCGGAGCCUCCCUUAAAGAACUUUUAACAAUACUCAAUGUUUCCACCAAAGAACAGAUCCGUUCUGCAUUCCCCAGUUUGGCUUCUUCCUUCGAAGGCCAAACCAGUGUCAACUUCUCCACAGCCGCCAAAGUAUACUCUGAUCUGAAAUACCCAUUGAGUGACGGUUUUAAGAAAGACUCUGUCGACGUUGUACACGCCGACGCCCAAGAAUUCGACUUUAGUAAGAAUACUGAAGCUGCGAGUACUUUCAAUUCUUGGGUUGAAAGCGAAACGAACAAUCGUAUCCAUGAUUUAAUCCAGCCUUCUGAUCUGUCGGCUUUAACGCGACUUGUGUUGGUCAAUGCUAUUUAUUUCAAGGGUGAAUGGCAUUAUGCUUUCAACAAAAAUAACACCAUCAAGGACGCAGAUUUCUACUUGAGCGACGGAACGACUAAAAAGACUAAUCUGAUGUACCAGGAGCGACAAUUCAAUUACGGAGCAGUUCCUGAACUCAACUGCACGGUCCUUCAAAUGUUCUACAAAGGCGAUAACUUCAGCAUGGUCGUCGUCUUGCCAAACGAGAAAAAUGGCCUUCUUCAAGUCGCUAAGAGCCUGCAACUUCAACCAAACUUCGAGAAAGUCAUGGGAAGCUUGAGCAGCCAGAAAGUAAAGGUUUACCUGCCGCCAUUCACAAUUGAAACGACAACCGAUCUUUCGGAUAUUCUUAAAAAGUUGGGCGUCACCAAGAUAUUCGAUACGAAGGACUCUGGACUGUCAGGAUUAUUGAAGACCCCAGAGAACACCUAUGUGUCGAAGGCCAUCCAGAAGGCGUUCAUUGAAGUCAACGAGGAAGGAUCCGAAGCUGCUGCUGCUAAUGCUGUGAUAGUGAAUACUUUAUCCGCAGUUCAACCGAUUAGGCAGUUGAUAUUCAGAGCCGAUCGCAGUUUCCUUUAUUACGUACUUGUAAAGGACGCUCCUAUAUUUUGUGGAUCAGUGGUCGAUCCCGAGUAGGACUUGAGGUGAUUUACUGG